AUGGGUUCGCCUGCUUUCCUCGGAUUCCAGCCCAGAUCUCUGGGUCUCAAACUCGGGGCAAGGCGACCAACACGUCGUCUUAUCUACGGCCUACUGUUUGUCCUCGCCGUCCUCUCCUACCUCUGCUACGCCCACCCGCAGGCGUUCAAGGAUCACAUCGGUUGGAGGAUCAAAGAAGCGCAUCUCUAUGCCUUGCAAUACACACGGUACAACUUCAAGCCAACUGUUUUCGAGCAACAAUGUUUUGAUGGCACAGCGGCCCGCAUCAACUCGCACAACCUCACUGACACGAUACCAGAGACUAUCCACUUCAUUUGGAUUGGGAACAGUGAGAUCUCUUUCAAACUGUACCUUGCAAUCCGUGCUGCCCUCGUCUCAACUGGGGUCACUUCUGCACACCUGCACCACGAUACACCUCUUAACGGCGACAACGGCUGGCUGCGCCUGCUGAAGCCGAAUCUGACGCUCAUCCAUUUCGACCGCCCUGACUAUCUCACAGAGGUAGCUGCCUACCAUCCUGAGACAUGGUCUGUGACGCACCAGACGGACGCCAUGAGGCUCCAUGUCCUGCACGCUCAAGGCGGCAUCUACCUGGACUCCGACGCAUACAUUCUCCGGCCACUAAACCACCUCUUUGAAGGAGCUCGCGAUGUGUACAUGGGCCUCGAGGGCGGAAACAGGUGGGGGCUCUGCAAUGGAGUGAUCAUGGCCAAGGCUGGGGCUCCUUUCCUUGCGCGGUGGCUCGACGAAUACGCCAGCUUCGACGACAGCCGGUGGAGCGACCACUCAGUCUAUCUCCCAAAGACGCUUGCUACGAAGCACCCCGAUGAAAUCUGCACUCUCAGCCCAAGUGCGUUCUUCUGGCCAAUGUGGACAAAAGGCUCGUUGGAUUGGAUGCACGAGUCGUUGAACAAGGAGGAAGCGGCAGCAGUCGAAUCGCAAAUUGCGAAGAAUGGAGGGUCUCUGUUCGAGGACCAGCUGAUCUACCACGCCUGGGCUCAUCCGGGAGCAAAGCACCUGGGAAGACUGACGCCAGACAUUAUUCGAGAUAAGGACACUCGGUUCAACCUCCUGAUGAGAAGAUUCCUGGAAUAA